AUGGUCGUCCCAGAGGCCACGCUCACCCACCUGAACCGCGCAGAUGGCUCGGCGACAUACACUCACAAUGGCUUCUCCAUCAUUGGCGCCGUCAACGGACCGAUCGAGGUGUUGCGCAGAGACGAGAUGCCAGAGGAAGCGACCAUCGAAGUCAAUGUAAGGCCGGCAGUCGGCGUUGGAAGCCCAAAAGAGCGCCACCUCGAGACCCUCCUCCACAACACGCUGCGCAGCAUAAUACUCACCCGUCUCAUACCGCGGACCCUCGUGCAGCUCACUCUGCAGGUGCGCUCAUUGCCCGAAGAAGACGCGAUGACUGGCAUAAGCAGCACCCUAACCAUCCUCCCACACCUCCUCCACACCGCUCUCCUCUCCCUCCUCAGCGCAUCGAUACCCCUCUCCACAACCCUGACAUGCGUCCUCGUCGCCCUCCCCGCGUCAUCCACGCCCCUCCUCUCGCCCACCGCCAACGAGCUGCUCCGCGCAAAACCCAUCAAAUCCGUGCACGUAUUUGCCUUCUCGGGCGACAGGCGGCUACUCCUGAACGAAAGCGACGGCAGCUUCAGCUACGAGGAGUGGGAAGAGGCGUGCGAGAUGGCCGAGGACGUGUGCUGCAGAGAGGAAGAGGGUGGUGUGAGUCUGGGGGGAGACAGCAUGGAUGUAGAUGGGCAGACCGAGAAUCUGGACAAGUGGCUGAGGGAGGUUGUCAGGCGGAAAGUGGAGUGGGAGCAGAGGUGGAAGAAUGGGACUUGA